ACUACUUUUACAAAAAAAUGAACAAAACGCCUAUGGCUGAACUCAUUUCAGGUAAUGUGACACGAAGUCUCAACAAAAAUGUUCUAAAAGUUAUUAGUUCGGAGUUUGCCAAAAAAGAACGAAUGCAUGAGGACAUAUUUUUAGAACUGUACCUCACUCAAAACAUAAUUAAAGAAUGUGACACAAAGUACAAAAACUUCCCAGGAUACAUGCAACAUUUUCAAAUUGACCCAUUUGGCAUUCACAUGUACACAGAGACAAGUUUGAACAUUGUUGUACAACAUUUGCGAAGAAAGACUCCUCUGGCGUUAUAUCUCGAUGCGACAGGCAAUGUCACUUCCAAGGUUCCUGGUCAAAAAAAACGCAUUCUCUACUACUCUCUAACUCUUCCUGGAGAUGGUGCAGGUACACCCCCACUGCCAGUCUGUGAAAUGCUCACAAACGACCAUUCAAUUCCAUCUAUAACUUGUUGGCUCAUGCAGUUUUUGAAAAAACUAUCACAGUAUACAAAAUUAACAAUUCGGCAAAUAGAAACAGAUCACAGCUGGGCAAUCAUACAAAGCGUUCUGCUGACCUUCAACAGAGAAGACGCUGUGAGGUAUCUUAACAGAACUUUUGAUAUUUGCUUAGGAAAAAAAACUUGGCCCGAAAUCAAAGCAUUAACAGUUGUCCACAUUUGUUCUACACAUGUUUUAAAGUCUGUGAUGCAGUUGUUUGGAAGGCAAACGUCAGACAAAGCCUUGAAAGAGUUUGCAACUUUUGCAUUUGCAUGCUUGCAAAACUGCACAUCACUUUCAGAAGGACUAAAGGUGUUCUAUUCGAUCUGCAAAGUCCUGAAUGGACCACAGUACACAUCUGUCGUGAAAAAUCACCUGAAAACACUGCAGGACAUCAUACAGAGGAAACCUGAAACGGACAUGGAUGCUUUCUCUGACAUUAAAUGCUCUUCAAAAGAGGACGAUGAUGAGGACAAGCAAAAUGUUAAAAACCUCAUUCGUGGAUCUCCUUUCACGACCUCGUUCAAAACUGUCUUUGACAAAGCUCAAGCAGAACAAAUUGAAGAGGAUGUUGGACAAGAAGUAUUCAAAAACCCUUACUUCUGUCCUGACAUUGUGAAUGCUCUGUUUAAGAACUACUUAGGGCUUUUCCCAUUCUGGAGUGGUUUGAUGCUGGGGAAUUUACAGAGGUACGUGCAUCAUUCCAAAGAAGAAGAGGAUUUGAAACCAACAAGAACAAGAGACACAAAUUGCCAUGUUGAAAGAUGGUUUGGCAUUACUAAAAAUGUGAUUCUAAUGAGAAAAUUAAAACUCAGACCAGCCGCAUUUAUCCGAAAAAUGCAUGUAAGCCUUCAAGGAAGGUACAAGGAACACAUCAUCAACAACAACUUCUCGGAAAAACUUCUGACUGCCAACCAAAAUUCAAAAAAGAUCAUGCAGUCACAGGAAGGGUGGGCAAAAAGUGAAGAUAGGCUAAGUGUAAAAAAAAAAUCAAAGUACUUCAAUCCCCCAAAGAUAAUGCCACGACCAAAAGAAAAAACGAAAAGGACAAAAGGACAACCCGAUUUGGUUCAAACCAGCACACAACUAGAUCCUGCCAGUACUCCUGUCCAAGAAUUAAAAGAAAACCCUCAAAUUAUCCCACAACCAAAAGUAACAUGGAAAACACCAGCCCAUGAUGUGGGUCAAACCAGGGUCCAACAACGGGAUCAUGCCAGCAUCCAUGAGGAAAAAUCACCAGUAAAUCCGGAGGUGAGUACAUUAAAGUUUGAAAAGUGUAAUGUAAAUGUUAUAAAAGAACAGACUGAGAUGUUUAAUUACAUGAAAAGUAGCACUUCAUCCCAUCACUUUAUUUUGCUGUCCCAAAGCAUGAAAAGCAUGAAAAAGUUGCAUUAGUCAAAGUUAUUCAGU